AUGUCAUUUUUCAACAAAUACACCCCUAAGCCGGACUCUUGCUGGGAUUCAGCACCGAACUCUCGGAAGCCGGAUACGAUAGAACCGCCGAAACCCGACUCAGCGUCGAGUGUUUGGAAUGUUGGACCGGAGCAGCUGAAGACGAUAUCGGGUCCGCGGCCGCCACGCCUAAAAGAUCUCUCUAUUCCGGGACCAAGACUUUUGAAGACUGUGCCGGUUCCAAAGGAGUUACAGCCUCAAACGACGGCUAGUCCAAGGCUACAGGAUUUGGCAACGAAUUCAAGGUUUGAGCAGUCGAAAAGGGCUUCAAGUCCAAGGCAGGAACAGCCUAAAACAAGCUCCAGUUCAAGGCAGGAACAGCCAAGAAUGACUUCAAGUCCAAGGCAGGACCAGCCUAAAACAAGCUCCAAUUUAAGGUCAGAACAGCUUAAAACAACCUCCAAUUCAAGGCCAGAACAACCAAAAACAACAUCGAAUCGACCGGAACAGAUGAAAAGGAUAGCGCAGGUAAAAAUAGAACAUAUGGAGUCACAACAUGUACCUGUACCACCAACUACAGCACAACCACAGCCAUCUACAAGUGCUUCAAGGCCGGAGAAACCGGGUAGGUGUUAAUUGUUUUUCUUGUUUUAGGUAACAAUUGGUAUUUUAGAUAACGGUGAAUGAGUAAUAUUAUUUUUAGGUAACAUUAAAGUGAAUUUUAUAAUGUCUAGGUAGCAGCUCAUGAGCUUUUGGCAUUUUAAGUAACAUUCCAUGGUUUUUUUGGCCUUUUAGGUAAUCGAAAAUGGAUUUUUAGUAUUUUAGGUAACAGUCAAUGUAUUUUGCUGCAAAUUCUAAUAAAAUACCAUUUCAGCCCACCCAAAGAAGACGGACUACCUAAAACGCGCCAGCGGCUCCGCCUUCCAAAACAUGUUGAAGAAGAAGAGUCAGAAGAUGUUGGCAAUUCGAAUGCAACAAUAUUCCUUCGGGGGCCAAUCGGUCCUCAAUCCACAGAACCCGGAAUCCGAGUCGGAAUCAUCGGAAGAUGAAGUGGCAUCAAUAUCCAAACGCAUCGAUGCUAUACGAAGGAUCGGGGCGAAAGCCUCGAUCAGCGGCAUGGAGGGUAAGAUAUUGCCAUUCUUUGUUUGUUUUUUGACGUUUAGGUAAUGAUUAUGACGUUGGUUUGGAAGGGGAAGAUGAAGAAGGCCUUGGGCUUGGAUUUUGAAGUUACAAUUUUAAAUUUUAAAAACUGGUCCGAAAGUUCUGGGAUAAAAUGCACGGUGCGACCACAUAGUAGAAAAGCGGAACGUGGGACCGGGUUUUGGCGGGGCAAUUUUAGGCGGAUGGAGGAAGAGGGGAUAAAAUUUUUUUUAGAAAAUUAAUAGGCUUGAACAUUUUCAACUUUUAAAUUUUUUUUUUGAUUAAGCUUCUCCCCCUUUUAAAAAAAAGCGAUAUUGCCCAGUGCGCGACACUUUUUCUAGUAUUAUAUGUUGGUAAACGUCUUCUUUUUAAGGCAAAUGAUGCAAAAAUAAAAUUUUGCGCGUUUUUUCUUUAUUUUGUUUUAUAAAAAACGGAAAAGGCGGGUUUAUUUUAUCAAAAUUAAGGUACAAAGGCAGCAUGGCUUUGGCUAUUUUGUGCGGGUUUAGAUUUUUUUUCUGGAGAUCAGUAGGGCGGAUGACUUUUUAUUUUAAAAAUUUUUAGAGAGGUGGGUUCUUGCUACUCGAUCUGCUAAUAUAAUCUGUAAAACAUAGUUUUGCCUUCUCUAACACAUUGUUGUUGUUAAAUAACUUCUCAAUUUUUAUAUAUUUUAAACAUUUUUUUAGUUUUUCGAUUAAAAAACGAAAUUUCAGUCCUCCAAGAAAUGCCCCAAACCCCAGCCCCAUCAUCAAGCAGCGAAGAGGCCAGGAAACGAAAACCCCCGCCAAAUUCUGUCGAAGAGCUGGUGGAAAUCAAUGGUGAAAUACCACCGAAAAAGAAAAUCCAUCAGUUGGCGGACAAAAUGCUGAAAUCGUUCGCGAAAGAGAGAAAAACAGCCGAACGAAUGCGCAGCAUGUCCAUCAGCUCGAACAAUUCGCAGGAAUCGUUGAACAAAAAGAAGAGUUUUGUUCAUCCAUUGAAUCAGGAUAGUAGUUCGGACUCGGAAACCGAUGUUAAGGUAGGGUUUUUUUUUGAAAUUUUAUUAUAUAAACAACAUCAGAUGCGUUUUACACAGUAAAAUCUUUCGUUGCGGGACCUAAGCUGGAACCUGGUUAGAGCCCGGUCCCAUUCAAAUUUGCUUUGACCCAUACCGGCCCCAGAGAAAAUGUAUAGCUCAGUAUCUUUCGCUCCCCCCCCCCCCCCUCCUUCUCAAAAAAAUACCAAAUCCACUAUCAAAAAGACUUUUUUCAGCCAGUCCUAAACGCCAAGCCCAAAAACCAGCCCAGCAGUAUUGCUGCCACAAAUCACAUACCACCACGUUCCAACAGCAGCACUGUCGUCACAAUGCCACAACCAAAACCCGAGCCUCCGCAAAUGAUACCCAGCGAUCCAGCACCAUGCCCAAUCAAACCGGACCCAACUUUUGUGCAGGAACAGAUGAUGGACGUGAACAUGUUAGACGACGAAAUGCAGGAGGCCAUCAGGGUUUAUGUAAGGAUGAGAUUUUAUGAUUCUGGGCUUAAUUUUAAAGAUUUGAAAAAAAAAUUAGGUGACAAUUUUUUUCAUUUUAAACGGAGAUACCGUAUUUACUUUAAAAAUAUUUUAUAUAGUACGUUUAAUACCUGACAGACAGUAAAAAGUUUAAAAAACCUGAAUUUUUGAAAAAAAAUUGUUACCUAAAUUUUUUUUUCAAAGUUUUUUGUUAAAAUACGUGUAGUUCUUUAGAAAUAGUAAUAGUAGUACCAUAAACUUGUAAAAGUAUCAUAACAUGCCAAAAAUUAAUUAUAUAACAUAACUUUUUAAAUUUCAUACCUAAAAACUAUCAUUUUUCAGGAAGCGUCGAAGAAAAAACAAAGACAACCAGCCAGAAGCAAGUCCGUACAACCUGACGCAUCGACUUCGAAACAAAACUCGGACAAACCCCCGCCGAAACAUCCAAGAAAACGUGUUUCUAAAUCGCCUGGCCCCAGCAAUUCGGAUGUGGUAAGUUCUGGAUGGAAAUUAUUUUUUGACCACAAUCCAAGUAGAAACCUAUUAUGUUACUGAUUCCUAGUCCAAGGGGAAAAUUAUCGACUGCGUAUUUUUUCGACCGUUAGAGUAAAAAAAUAUAAUUAUAUUUAUGGCUGUUAAAAGUCUUGUCGCUUCUUCACGUGAAAACCUUUGUUAAAAAACGACAAGACUUUUUGGCAGUAAACCUUAGGUUAUUCAAAUAAUUCUGUGUCCUCUAACCUCGAAAAUUUGCUCUGAGGGGGCACAGAAUUAUUUGAACACCCUAUUAGAAUGACAAUGUAGUGAGCACAGUACAUAGAAUGAUAAUGUAACGACCAAUCUGUAUACAAUGACAAUAUAUAUAGAAUGAUAAUGUAAUAAAAGCAUUAUACUGUAAAUUGUUUGUUUUAGCUAAUGGCAAUGUGGAAAUUGGCCGAAGACGAAGCCAAAAUGCAAGACGAACUGGAGCGCCUGAACAGCGAGGAGCACAAGUGUGAUGUGGAGGUGGAUAAAGCCAUGAAGAAGCGAGACGGGAUACGAAAACGAAAAUCUGACGUAGGUUUCUAGUGUCAUUAACAGCUUUAUAGUAAGUAUAGUAAGAAUCGAGAUUCAUUGGAAAAACUUUUAUACUAAACCUUUAAUUUUUCAGCUAGCCAAGAAGAUCACCACCCUCCACAACAACAAAAAACAACUUUUAGCCCAGAAGCGGUAG